AUGCUAACUGCCAACGUUGGGGCAAUGUUGGCUGUCAACGUCGGAGCAAUCUUGGCUGCUGACGCUGGACCAAUGUUGGCUGCCAACAUCUUUCAAAUUGAAUUGGAAGCCUCACCCCAAAUAACAAAAUUUGCACCGGUCGAAGAUUGGAUAGCUUUCAAGCGUCGCACGAGUGACAUUAAACCCCUGGACAAAUUCCUGGGAAAACUUCGUGCAACCUACGACUUCGUAUUCCACAAGCCCGAAAACGUGAGCAACGUGGGAAAGAUCCUAUCCAGUGAUAAGCCGAAGGAGACCGAUACAAAGCCCUACAAAUUCAUUUUAUCAAACUCCCAUGUGACCGAUGACUCGGCGAGUGAAAAAGAAGAAGUGACUGAGAGUCCGGUGUACGUGGAACUUCUUGGGGAUGAGGUGAUGUCAACGAAGGAGUCGUCAAUCUCCAGAGUCGCGACUGAUUGGGCCGAUGAGGUGGAGACUGUAGAGCCCCUCAGUGAAUUGGAAUUACUCAAUGAUAAUGACGAUGAUAUUGACAGGCCCGGGGACACUGUGAACCCUCAAACGAGCUUUGAACUAUCCGCUGCUGUCGCGAGGGCAUUUUUACGAUGGCUGAGUUCGAUUAUUGGGUUCACUCAUGGGGCCUAUCUCAAAAUCACUAAUUCAACUGGUGCUCCAUAA